AUGUCAACUUUUGGUGGUUUAAUAGAAGAGAUACCUGGGAUUUCAGUGGAUCGUUUUGAUGGCGAAAAUUUAAAAUCAUCACUUUUUUUUUUAAGUCACUGCCACACCGACCACAUGCAAGGAUUAAUAUAUCAAACAGAUUUUGUUAAAAAAUUAUUAGCGCAAAAUCAAUAUUUAUAUUGUUCGCCAAUUAGUAAAAAAAUACUUGAAUACAAGCUCCACAGAUUUGGCCCUGAAGCUGAUUUUAUCAAAACCAUUGACGGUGUCUCACCAAUAAUCGUGGAAUAUAAUGUAGAAAAUAAAACGGAGUAUCUUAAAGUAACGAGUAUUUCUGCAGGACAUUGCCCUGGCUCAGUGAUGUUUCUAUUUGAAAUUAAAAAGAUAUCUGUUCUUUAUACCGGGGAUUUUCGCUUUGACUCUAAAGAUUUAUCUAAAUUUAAACCUUUGCAUGAUUUUGUUGACGGUAAAAUGAUUCCUAAAAAAUUUGAUAAUAUUUAUCUAGACACAACCUUUUUCAAUCCUAACAAUGAUUUUUUUCCAAGUCGACAAGACUGUGUAAGAGAAAUUUGUAAAGUUGCUAGUGAUUGGAUAAGUAAAGAUAACAAUAAUAUUGUCAUAUUAGAAUGUUCCGCUCAUUACGGUCCUGAGUAUCUUUUUAUUGAAUUGUCCAAUGCGUUGAAAUUGCGGAUACAUGUGAAAGAUAAAGUUUAUAAAAGCUAUACAUUUUUUCCGGAACUAUCUAAAUGUGUUACUGAUGAUCCUAAUGCAACUCCGAUACAUGCUUGCAUGGAAAAAAACUUUCGUCGUUUUUAUGUUUUACAAUGUCGUCCUAAAGUUAAAGAUGAAUCAAUAAUUACUAUUAUACCGUCAGUUUGGCGGUGGAGGUAUAAAGAUGUUAAAAAAAAUAUCUGUGAAUGGGAAGCUAUUAACAAAAGAUUUUAUACUUGUUAUUCAUGUCAUUCGUCUUUCAGCGAACUUAAAAAUUUUAUUGAAUAUUUUAAGCCCAGUAAAUUAUAUCCCUGUGUUGUUCCAAUUAACGCUAAUUUCGAUGAUUUUAAAAAUACUUUGAACGAAAUUUUAAUCAAUUCAGAAGAAGCUACCAAUAAUUUUACCGGAUUUAAUAUGAAGCCUUUAAAAUUUAAGCCAUUAGAUGAUGCUAAAAAAAAGACUUUUAAAAACUUUUGGAUUAACAAAUCUACUUACGAUGCUGCCGAACGUUCCCACUAUGAACGUCUUUACAAGGUGGCCUCUCGUAAAAUUUUGGAAUGCAAUGAUUCCAAAAAAAUUAUUACUACUAAAGUACAAGAUUUCGUUCCGGGAAAUUUACCAACAAAGUCAUCAUCUAAAAAGUCUAAAGAGAAUAAAAAUAAAGCUGAUAAAAAAAAUAAAUACCUAAAAAAUGCUGAAAAUGAUGUUGCUACUGAUAAGAAAGAAGUUUUAAAUCAGGAAAGCCGAGUGUCUGGUUGCUCAGAAGAUCCUGCCAGGGGGAGCUUAGCCAAUGAAGUUGCAAAAGCACGAGAACACAUUAAAAAGGGUUUACAGUGUCUGAACAACAUUUCGGACGAUUCAACCGUGCCUACUCAAGAUUUAAUGGGACGUCUUACUCUUCUUGAAAAAGACAACCGGGAACUUCACUCAACAGUUAAAAAAUUGAACAAACACAUUGUUGAUUUGGAAGCUGCUAUUAAAAAACUAGAAGUAACGGUAAAUGGAAAAGGUUCAGCCCCAGAGCCUCAUCUAGCUGUUUGUCCGGCUAAGCCAGCUUCAGCAGCAGCAGCAGCAGCUGAUGAUGAUGAUGACCUUGAUUUAUUCGGUGCUGAUUCAGAGGGUGAAGAUGCUGAAGCCGCUAAAAUUAGAGAAGAACGUCUUGCUGCGUAUGCCGCCAAAAAAUCUAAAAAACCCGCGGUAAUUGCAAAAUCUAGCAUAGUUUUAGACGUAAAACCAUGGGAUGACGAAACCGAUAUGAAAGAAAUGGAAGCUUUGGUACGGAAGAUUAGUUGUGAUGGACUUUUGUGGGGAGCAGCCAAACUCGUUCCUCUCGCUUACAAAAUCCACAAGCUUCAAAUUUCUUGUGUGGUUGAAGACGACAAAGUUUCAGUAGAUUGGCUAACUGAAGAAAUUGAAAAGCAUGAAGAUUUCGUACAAAGCGUUGAUAUUGCUGCUUUUAACAAGAUUUAA